CGCUCUCCCCGCUCCGUCUCAUCGCCGGUCUGAGCUUUCAGCAUUGGCAAAGGAUAAAAACUGCUUUUCGCAAGACGCAGCGAAACACGACGGUGGUGGAAGAGCUAAGCUGAGUUGUGGGAACACCUCAAGGACAGCAGCGCUGUAAGAAGUGGUUGUGAGCCGUGGUCAGACAGGUGUGUGAUCCAUGGUCAUACAGGUGACAGACAUAAAGUGUCCAGCUAGCCUGUCAAAUCUGAUUUGUGCCCUGGGGAGCUAAAGAAAAACAGAACUACACAAUAGACAACCUACCAGUCGACAAACUGCCAGAUUUCUCAGUGCGUUUAGAGACGAGAGACGAGAACAGCGAGGGAUAAAAGCUGUCCGGAGCUGCCUUUGUCUCCUCCGGGCCCUUCACCUUUGGAGAGAAGAACCUGUGACUAGCUCAAACCGGCAAGUUGACCCUCGGAGACUAAACUUCAUCCAACAGUCGAUGCGGAGCCUGAAGAUCAGAGACCAUGACUCAUAGCUUGGUUCCGCGACACCACUCCUCAUCAGCCUUAGCCUCGAAGACCUAAGAUGGGGACCGCACCUGCUGCCAUGUGGGCUGUACAGCUGUGAGAACCCCCCCUCGGAGAACCCCCUUUUUUUCCUUUUACCCGUGUCACUGUGCUCUGAUCUCACUCUCUCUCUCUCUCUUUCUCUUUCUGUCUCGUUUUUCUUUUUCUUCUCUUUCCCCCAAAGCAGCCUGUUCCUUUUCUUUCAUUUGACAACCCCCCCCCCAGAAAAUUUGACCCAGAUCCCUCCCAGAAUCUUUUUUCGGGCACGUUUCGUGACUUCUUUUUUUCUACUCUCGAGGAAAAGCCUCCCCCUGUCAGUGCUAGCUCGUAGCAUGGCCAGCAGCAGUAGGACCAGCGCCCCGCCACCCAACCUCCCGCUCCUCCUGGGCCUGCUGCCCACCAUCGCCCUCCUCUCCCUGGGCCUCGUGGGCCUGGUGCGGGGCGACUGCUGGCUCAUCGAGGGUGAGAAGGGCUACGUGUGGCUGGCCAUCUGCAGCCAGAACCAGCCGCCGUACGAGACCUUCCCGCUGCAGAUCAACAACACGGUGCACGACCUGCGCCUCAACGAGAACAAGCUCAAGGCCAUCUUCUUCAGCUCGCUCAGUCGCUUCACCAACCUCACCGACCUCAACCUCACCAAGAACGAGAUCUCGUACAUCGAGGACGGAGCCUUCGCCAGCCAGGCCAACCUGCAGGUGCUCCAGCUGGGCUACAACAAGCUGACCAACCUGACCGAGGGCAUCCUGCGGGGACUGGGACGCAUGCACAGCCUCUUCCUGCAGCACAACCUCAUCGAGGUCAUCGCCAACAACGCCUUCUGGGAGUGCCCAAGCCUCAGCAGCCUGGACCUAUCGUCCAACAAGCUGGCGCGAAUCGACCCGUCCACGUUCACCGUACUCAACCGCCUCAUGGUGUGCGAGCUGGCCGGGAACCCGUUCCACUGCGGCUGUGAUCUCUUCAGCUUCCUCACCUGGCUGGAGAUGUUCAACAAUGUCACGCACACCUAUGACCGGCUGCAGUGCGAGUCGCCCAAGGAGCUCUACACGUAUCCACUGCUGAGCCCUGUGCCUGGACACGGCCGGAACGCGCGCACCAUCCUGGCGUCCGUUUGCCGGGACGGCGUCAUGGGGAUGACCUCCCUGCCGCCCGACCUGGACGGCUCCGGAGGCGUGGCGGACCUGGCUGACCUGUCGGGGCCGUACCACCAGCCCACGGCCACCUCCCCGUCCAACCCCUCGUACAGCAUCAGCCUCAAGCUGCAGAUGGUGGGCUCGAACGUGGCCAAGCUCCUGGUCCAGCUGCCCAGCCCCUACAAGAAGAUGUACAUCCUCACCGAGUACAACCACAGCAGCGUGUCGGACGUCCGCAACCUCAAGAACAAGAAGGAGCUGGUCACUCUCGAGAGGCUGACGCCGCAGACCAACUACACCUACUGCGUGGCGUCCAUUCGCAACUCGCAGCGCUACAACCACACGUGCGUCGACUUCGCCACCCGGCCUGUGCCGCCGCAGGUCGUCAGUCCCUCGACCACCACCCACUACAUCAUGACCAUCCUGGGCUGCCUGUUCGGCAUGGUCAUCGUGUUGGGCCUGGUCUACUAUUGCCUGCGACGGCGCCGGAUGCAGGAGGAGAAGGAGAAGUCCAUCAGCGUCAAGAAGACCAUCCUGGAGAUGCGCUACGGGCCCGAGGCUGCCGCGGCCGCUGCGAACGACCCGGAGGCCUUGCAGAAGCUCCACGAGCAGACACACCACCACCACCACCAGCAGCAGCAGCAGCAGCAGCACAGCGGCGGCAAGAUGCCCUCGUCCACUUCGUCCAGCCUGGGCAUGCUGCACGGCUCGGCCAACACCAGCACCUCACGGCUCUCCACGCUGCCGCAGGUGGAGAAGAUGGCCACAGCCUUCUCGGAGGCCAUCGCCGCCAGCAAGGGGAACUACAUGGACAUACGCACGUCGGCCGGCGGUGGCGUGGGCGGCGAAGUCUGCGACGGAGGCCUGACGGGAUUGGCUGGUGGCAUCCUGCGGGGUGAGAACGGACACGAUGGCGGGGAGGACUCGGACGACGACGACGGCGACGGCCGGGGCUCCACGUCCGAGAUCUCCACGAUCGCCAAGGAGGUGGACAAGGUCAACCAGAUCAUCAACAACUGCAUCGACGCACUCAAGCUCGACACCGUGGCGGUAGCAGCAGCAGCGACGGCGGCGGCAGACAACCCGGCACCUCCCUCGCCCGCCUGCAUCACGACUCUGCCGCAGAGGCUCAUUCCCCUCUCCCCCGGCAUCACCGAAUCUUGCAAGGUUCUGGCGUCGCCCAAACUGCCCCGCCCUGCCCCGGUCAUUCCUCUUGUCCUGCCCCUCUUGGAGCGGCCCGGGAUCAGCGGAGGGGGUUUCCUCUCGCCCCCUUACCGGGACCCACCCCCCGCCACGGCGGCACGCCCCCUGCAGAGGCAGCUGAGCGCCGACGCCGCCGUGGUCGUCAUGGCGCCCCCUAGUGGCAAGGUGCCUCGCUGCAGCGUCUCCUCCUCCUCCUCCUCGGCUGGCGGCGGCGGCGGCAGUGGUGGUCACGGCGGCUCGUCGAAGAAUGGCCAGCACGUGUUCAGCCUGGACGUGACCGAGCCGCGGAGCCCCGGGGCCUGCAAGUACCCCAACCAGGGCAGUCCGGCGGGGGCAGGGGGGGGCUGUGGCGGGGGGGCAGGUGGUGACACCAGGGGAGGAGGUGGUGGCGGUGGGGGCAGUGGUGGUGGGGGUGGCAGCUGUGUCGGUGUCGGAGGUGGUGGUGGAGGUGGUGGUGGAGGUGGUGGAGGCACUGCGCAGCCGCAGCAGCACCACCUUGAGGUGCACCCAGACUACCACUGCUCAGAACACCGGCACUCCUUUCCUGCCCUCUACUAUGAGGGCGCCGCCGACUCUCCCGCCCAGAAGGCCUCCUUCCUCAAGCCCCUCACACGCACCAAGAGGGACGCGGCCUACUCCCAGCUCUCGCCCCGGCACCACCACUACUCGGGGUACUCGUCCAGCCCUGAGUACUCGUCCGAGAGCACCCUCAGGAUCUGGGAGCGCUUCCGCCCUUACAAGAAGAGCCCCAGAGAGGAGGCCUACAUCGCCGCCGGGCACGCCCUGCGCAAAAAGGUCCAGUUCGCCAAGGACGAAGACCUGCAUGACAUCCUCGACUACUGGAAGGGGGUGUCUGCUCAGCAGAAACUGUGA